AUGGAUUUAUUAAUUCUGUGUUGUUUUGGUGGUGUUCCUUUUAUUCAAUUUCCCUCCUCUACUUCUUCAAAACAACCUUUAGACAGAAUUAGGCAUCAAUGGGACCCCACAGAUUGGGUUGCUGUUGAUGUUACUGGUUUGGAUAGAAAUUAUUUUUUCAAAAAAAUUUUCCUUUUAAAAGAUUCCCUUUUAUUUACAACAAACAACUCCUCCUCUUCCUCCUCUUCUUCAUUAAAUCCUUUAUUGAAAAACAUAUUGCCUUCGGAUAUAUCAACAAUUAAUUUAGAACAAUGUGACCUUUGGAAUUUAACAUUUGCUUCUAAUGCAGAUAAACAUUUAUUUAGAAAAAGUCAUGGAAAACUUAAAUGCAGGUGUCCAUUCGACUAUGUUGGAAUAGCCUGUCAACAACAAAAAACAAAAGAGAAAACAACCAAAACAUUAAAUAAAACAACAAACAAAACUUCAAACAAAACAUUCCCCUCUUCCUCUUCCCCUUCAUUUCCUCCUUCUUCACUUUUAACCAACUUAACCACCACCAACCAAACAUUCAAAACAUUCAAAACAAUGGCUUUAAUUGGGGGAACAACACAAUCAACAUUUUCUGGAAAUUCUUUUAUUUGGUUUUUACUUGUUUUUAUGGUUUUAGCUUUAAUUAUGGUUUCUUUAUUUAUGAUGUUCAGGGGUUGUUGUUUUUGUGAUUGUUUUGGUGGAAUUCCAAAUAAUAGGCGUUAUGAUCAGCCAUUAACUCCACAGACAAUAAAUCGUUGCAUGGAAGCUAUUAAAGAACAUGAAAGGGAGGAAAAGGCUAAAUAUUCUGCAAGUGGAGAAUGGUCAAUAGCCCCACCACCAACAUCACAACAACCAACUUGUAUGGUUAUAGAUUCACGUCGACCAUUAUUACCACAACAAACAAAUUCAAUUUCAUCAAUUACUGAAACUAUCCCCCCUCCAAAUAUUCGUGCCUGUUCUCCUCCUCCAUCUUAUCGUUCUUCUAAUGGAAGUAUUGACAAAAUUAAUAAAUAG